UGAACAGUUUUUUUUUUUUUUUUUUUAAAAGCCCUUCCAAGAACUCAUCUAAAUAAUAGGCUUAUAUAAAAUAUAUUUAAGCCAAAAAAAGUGAAACGUUUCUUGCUUUGAAAAAGGAAAUUUUACCCAUAAGAGAAAUGGGUGACAGUUCAACGAUUCCGCCUCUUGGACCUAUAACCAGUAGGGGGCGCUGGUUUUCACAGACCGGCUGCACUAAACAGUUUCCGCUUACAGACGCUACAAUGACAGAGUCGAAUUUCCAAGUGUAUAAGUUCGUAAAGCUGGUGUUUAUUAGCGUGUUUAUUGUAUUCCUGUCAGUUUUCACCAUUGCGUCCAUCAGGACAUUUUCUUUGGACGUAAAUGUUGGACUUCAACUCGCACGCUGGGAAAAAACCAACAACAUCUUGCUUGUCAUAGACCACCAUCAGAGAGAGGAACUGUUAGCAAAGUUUAAAGAGGCGAUCAAAAUCCCCACAGUGUCCUCGGAGACGGGCGGCAACACUUCAGCUCUGCUUCAGUUUGGACAGUUCCUCCGUAAAGCUUUCCCCACAGUUUUCUCUUCAAGUUUGGUUCAACAUGAGAUGGUGGCUGAUUACAGCCACCUGUUCUACGUGCGAGGGUCCCAUCCUGACUUGGUACCAUAUAUGCUGCUGGCCCAUAUUGAUGUGGUACCUGCCAAUGAGUCAGAUGGCUGGGAGGCUCCGCCUUUUUCUGCCAAAGAGAUAAAUGGCUUCAUCUAUGGUAGAGGGACCAUAGACGACAAGAACUCUUUAAUGGCCAUACUUCAAGCAUUGGAAUACUUGCUACUUAAAGGCUAUGCUCCUCGAAGGGGGUUUUACAUUGGUUUUGGUCAUGAUGAAGAGAUCCGAGGUUUCAAUGGAGCUAUGAACAUCGUUCGUGUGCUGAAGCAGCGAAAUGUGCAGCUGUCAUUUGUGCUGGAUGAAGGCCUGGCUGUAAUGGAUGGAAUCAUCAGUGGCUUGGAAGGACCUGCCGCCCUAAUUGGACUGAGUGAAAAAGGCUCGGCCAACGUAAAGCUGUCUGUGUCUACGGCUCCUGGUCACUCCUCGAUCCCUCCUAGGGAGUCCAGCAUAGGGAUUUUGGCUGGAGCGGUAAAAAGACUGGAGGAUAACCCCAUGCCGAGGCUGUUUGGGCUCGGACCUGAACGGACAACUUUUGAGCACCUGGCCCACAAGUUUUCACUUCCACUGAAGUUUGUGAUGUCAAAUUUUUGGCUGUUCUCCUCAGUUCUGUCCAGGGUACUUGAAAGAAAGCCAGACAUGAAUGCUUUUGUGAGAACAACCACAGCAGUCACCAUUUUUAACGGCGGUGUCAAGAUGAAUGUCAUCCCUUCUUAUGCUGAAGCUUAUGUAAAUCUGCGGAUUCACUCAGCGCAGACAUUACAGGAGGUCAUGGACCUCAUUGAGGCGACAGUCGGGGACCCGAGAGUCAAAGUGGAGCUCGUUGAUGGCUUUGACCCUCUUCCAGUCAGCUCUGCUGAUGAAAGGUCCUUCGGCUUUCAGAUCAUCAAGAAAACGGUGCUGGAUUUGUUUCCAACGGUGACAGUAGCUCCAGGGAUCUGUAUCGGCAACACUGACAGCCGCCACUUCAAAGACCUCAGCAAAGAUGUUUAUCGUUUUUCUCCUAACUGGUUUAAACCUGGAGAUGUUCAAAGGUUUCAUGGGAUUAAUGAAAGAAUUUCCAAAAAGAACUACGAGGAAAUGAUUCAGUUUUACUUCAAUCUGAUUCAAAACUGUGACACCAGGAAGCUUCCAGAGCCACACAGCUCUGUCCAUGAAUUAUAGGCUGCUACAAAAUGACAGAUUUUGUUGUUUUUGUUGUUUGAUUGACUUGAAUUGAUGGGUGAAAUGAACAGAAUAGCUUAUCUGUCUCAUUAGAUUUCAACAGCAGUAUUAAACCUGUCUCAUUAGAUUAACACUGUUAUAUAAAUCUGAGGUUUACAUCCUUUAUAUGAAUGUUUAAAAUUGAGUUUUGAAAUUGUUGAAAGAAAAGAAUUUGAGGAUCAAAUGUGUUUUUUUUUUCUUGUGAUAACAGUACACCUGUGUUAAUGAGAUGAUUUAACCAAAGAUUGUUGUUAUAAUUUAAAAAUGUAAAUUAUUUGCUGGGUUGUUGCAGGGCUGAGGUAUUCACAAAGAAAACUUAUGAAAAAAAAGUAUUAUAUACAGAGAUGCAGGUGGAAUUUGCUAAUUUGUAACGGUUGAAUAAAGUUGAUCUUUAAAAAAA